CACACACUGGGGUUAAGAUAAUAUGGACAAGCAUCGCAGUCCGUUUUCCAGGGAGUCUCCAAGUUUAAUGGCAUUUCAUUAUAAUUGCUAUGAUGUCAGACUGUCCAUCCAAUUUAAUCGGACUAAAAACAACAACAAGAAAUUCGUUCAGACAGUUCACAGAGACAGAGAGAGAUAGGACAUUCAGACUGUCCGGUGAAGAAGACUUACCAAUACAACUGUGGCAAACAGGUUUGUAUUGGCUACUUUCGUUGUGGGUGGUUAUCUUUGUGUUGACAAUAUUUGGUGAAAUGUUUAAUUUGUUCUUUCUUUAAAAUAAUUUUCUCUCUGGCUUUUUCUUUUGUAAUCAACGGACACGGCGCAUCACAAUGAUGUAGUUUCUUGGCAACGCGAGCGUCCACUCCACUCCGGCCCGUCAACAACAGGACAGUUUGAAGAUGUUGCCGCCCCGCUCCUUCCCUCUGUCUAUUCUCUCGCUCCUCCUGGUUGUUGCCGAGACGGGCCUGUGCGUUGCUGAGACCCCCCAGCUGCACGGUGGUUUCCGUGGUUGCGCGGUGCGGGAUUUUUCCUUCAUGGCCCAGAAGCCGGGAUGCAGGAACCUCCGCAUCGACACCGAGGCCUGCUGGGGCCGCUGUCGUACCUGGGAGAAGCCGCUCCCAGAGCCCCCCUACGUCCAGCGGCAUCACCGCGUGUGUUCCUACGGUCGUACUCGCUACCUGAUGGUCCGUCUGCCAGGCUGCCAGCCCCACGUCUCCCCGCUCUACCCCUACCCCCUCGCCCUGCAGUGCCACUGCGCCGUCUGUUCCACACAGGAUACGGAGUGUGAGACGUUCUGAUACGGACUUCUGUGUGUGUGUGAAAAGAUUUACGGUUGAUUUAAGCAAUGAGGCCCGAGGGGGUGUGGUGUACGGCCAAUAUACCACAGCCAAGGGCUGUUCUUACGUACGACGCAUCAC